AUUGGAAAAUAUUUUAAAAUAACAUAACACUAUAUACUUUAACGAGGUAGAUAUAUUAUAUUUUAUUAUUAUUAAAAUUAUUUGUUUUCAUAAUAUUAAAUUUGCUUUUAAAUUUUAUGAUUUUAUGUUUCUGGAACUUAAUAUGACUAUAAUUAAAAUAUCAAAGAAAAUCUAAAUCUCAUUUUAAGAUUAUUUAAAAUAAAUUUUAGUUUACCAUUUAAUAAAUCUAAGGCAUAAAAUUAUUUAGAAUUUAUAAAAUAUUUUAAUUAUUGUAUAUAUUGAUAUAUGUUCAUAAGCUUCAAAAUAUAUUAGUUACUUAUGUAUGUAACUUCAUACUGAUCAUCGUUUUAUUUUCUGAUUUUUUAAAAUCAACAUAUAAUUUGAUAAAUAUUAUGAAACUACAUGCACAUUUAAAUGAUAAAUAAAAUUUUAAAUGAUAAAUAAAAUUAAUUUUAUUUUACUUAAUUAAAAUAAAAAAUAAUUAUACCUCAGUUUGAAUUUGAAAGAAUAUAUGUUACUCAAUAUAAUCACAACAUGAGUGACUCGAGUAAUCCAUCUUAUAUCUAAAAUCAUAGAUUUAACUACGAUAAGAAUAUAUAAUUUUAUAAUAAUAAUAAUUUAUUUUAUAAAUGUAAACUAUAGGAUGACUCGAAACAUAUUAACGAAUGAAAAUAAAAUAUUAACCAACUAUUAUAAUUUAGAUCUUUUGUAAAAUUUAUAUAUAUAUGAGACUGUAGAAUAUUAUCGUUAUAUUAAUUUACAUAAUUUGGAAUCAGACACUUUAAUUUAUUUUAUAUUUCAUUUUAAGCAAAAUAUAUCUUAAAUUAUACAUAACCUUCCUCAAAUAUAUUUACAUAUCUAAGACAAUACUCAAAUGAUAACAAGAUCGACUAUAAAAACAACAAAACCGACUAGAUAUAACAUAUCUAAAAUAAUAUGUCUAACUAAAAUAAUAUAAUAUUAUUAUUAUGCAUACAAAUUAUAAAUUAGUUUUAAAAUAAAAAAAAAUAACAAAUAAUUAUUAUAAUAUAUUUAUUUUAUAAAUAUUUAUAUCCGUGCUCGGAUCUGGUCAAGCUUGGCUCUUUUAUUCGGCUGCAUUGGCUUUUGUUGGUUACAUAUGAGUCGGUCCAUUGAUCAUGGAUAACGUCGGUUUUGAUUCCAUCUACUCUUAUCUCCUACACUUCCUAGUUGGAUUGAUCCUCAAUCAUAAUAACUUUGAUGGGUUUAUGCUGCAGCUCACUUCCUUACUUCAUUGGUCACCUCUUCAGCCAAGUACGUAUCAACCCUAUUGAAGCUGUUUCCUUACUUCCGUUUGAAUUAUUUCCUAGUUCUUGAAAGUUAUAAAAGUAGGUUUGUAAAGUUAUAAACUACUGUUCUGUUGGCUGUUGCAACUUGCAACUCGUGUUAAGUACGGUGCUUACAUCACAGGCUCCCUCUUUGGCAUGGUGCCUGAGAUAUUUGUUGCUAAUCUAUACGUAAGUCAGGUUUCUAUCUUCAUUUCGAAUUCCAAAACAUUUUGUUACAACAGUUUAAGCCUGUGUCUAGUAUUUAGCUUCUAGAAGCUCUUAAGUUAAGCUCCUUUUUCGCUGUUGGAUCUUGUCAUGUCGCUGAUUAGUGAGAUCUCUGGUUUAUGUAUUGCAGAGGGAACCUUGUAAAGACUUUAUUAGCAGAAGCAUCUUCUGCAGAUGAACACGGCCUCUCGGUUACACAGAUUGUUCUCAGCAUUCUCGGGGCUUUUUAGGAACUGUAGCUACAACGAUUCUCAUCGCAAAGUAUGCGAAAAGACAGCUGGAGACCAUGAAGAAAGAGGAGGAAGCAUUAUCGCAAUAAACCCACGUGACAAACUCUGACUUGCUUUUGUCUCAAUGCUUUCUAAUCUGAAACAUCACUUGUCUCACUCCUUGCACAGUUUCAGGUCUGCUCCAAGAGGUCAAAGAGCUCUGUUUUUAUUGUCUCAUUGGUUCUUCUCAUCUAAUUUAUUAACAGCUAACCAGUAUGAACAGAUGAAAAAUCUAACCAUUCUUGAUUUUUCUUUCUUUCUAGAGUGUAAAUAUUGUGUACUCGUUGAUAUUGAUGUGUGACAUGAAGGAGAAAAGAUUGUUGGGAAACGAUAAAGAGAGAAUCUUCAUAUGGUUUACUUUUUCAAAUCAAAUUAAUUUUAUUUAAAGCAAACAUGUCAGAGCAUAGCUGUGAAUGUAACUCAAAUUCAUUUGAACAAAUUAAAUGAUGGAUACCAGUGAAGAAGAUCAACUGCAUCUAUCAUCACAUAGAAAAUGUGCCAUGGGGAUCAUCAAUUAAACUGAACAUGGACAUUAAAUAAUACAGUGGUAUGACUGGACCCAAGAAAAUACAGUAGCAUGAAAAUAACAGAUAUCAUAACACAAUGUAUGUGCAUAUGUAUAAAGACUUGCCUUUUUUCAAUUUUAGUUAUUUUCUUUCUUUUAUUACCGCUGAAAAAUGUACAACCAACACCUCCCCAAAUAAAUGUAUCUUUGUACUCCCAAAAGCAGCUUUGGUCCAACACCCAAAAUCCUUUUGAACAAAACGAAUGCCUAGAAAACAUUUACUCUAGGUUUUAAAACUUUGUCUUACCCUAAAGAACAACAAAAUUGAAAGUUUGUCCUUUUCUCUUACAUAAAUUUGGGUCUUUGUGUACUCUCAUAGAAACCGUAUUAAAUGACAAGUUCUGCUUAAAAAAAUAUUGAUGGAUAAAUUAUUAAAAUCCACAGUCAACGUCAUGCUGUCCCCACUCGUACCUCAUUUUCAUAUAAACUGAAUUUCAAAAAUAUUUAAAUCAUAUUACUUGUAUAUCAUUCUGUAAACGUUAUUUCCAAAAGAAAUAAUUCCAGUUUUUUUUUUUUUAUGUGCAGUGCUGCGGAAACUGGAAUUAUUUUAUCUGAUGUUUCUCCUAACAUCAUUCAAUUUUUAAUCUUAUAAAUUGCAUAUAAGAAAGGAAAAUGAUGUCACAUAAACAUAUGUCUUCCAUUUUUGACAGAGAAAAGCGGAAUUUACCUGACAAAAGAAUACAACCGUUAGUGGCAAAAUACGUAAAUAAGCACAAAACAGAAGGGUGAUUCUCGACCCCGCCGGAAUUUACAGUGUUAGUCGAAAGCCAAGAAAAAGCUCGCAGACCCAGAGAGAGAGAGAGACGGGCCUCGAAUGCAUCCACGUAAGAGAAAAAUAGGCUCUCCCUCUCUCUUUCCCAUUCGAAUUGACGAAAGCACCCUCACAUAGUCUCUCGAAUGUAAGGGACAUUAUCGUCAUUUCCUAGUCUUAAUCAAAAUUCAAAAUUUCGAGUCGUUACAAAACCCGGAGCGCAAAACGGUGUCGUUUUCCUUGAUAUAUUUCGUUUCCGUUUUGUUGCUAAACCAAAAUCUCUGAAACAGCGAAAUUUGUGCCGUUAUUUUCCUUUCCUGCUUCGUCAGUGAUUUUGACUGUGGAGGUUUUGUUAUUAGCGAGAGAGAAUGGAGAUGGAUGAAGAUAUGGAGAUCGAGCCAACGGCGUUCGAGGCGAAAGAGAUCGACCUUGAGUACGAGUUUGAUGCCUCUCGGUGGUUCGAUUUCACUCGGAUGGAGUCAGCGGAGGAGUCUCAAUCCGCCGAGUUCUGGUUUCACUCUGCUCCCUCCUACGCUCCCUCUCCUUUCGUAACAAAACUGUUACUCAGUGAGGAGGUUUCUGAUGACAAGACCGAGGCGGCGGCAUCCACUAGAUCAGAGACAGCAGAAGAUGUUUGUGAGAGGGAUAGAGAGACCUAUCAGCCUUCGCAUAUCAAUAAAACAGGAAAUGGAAUGCGUUUUGGGAUUUUUUCAUCCCAACAAGGUAGUCACUUGAAGAAACUCCCAAGUCAACCCAUAUGCAAAGGACCAACGGUUAGCAAUCACAACCAAAAUGAUAAACCAAAGUUCCGAGCUAAAUCAAGCAUUAGAUCAACUCCAAGGAGCUCGACGUUAAUGAGACCUACUGCUAGUCAGUUAGCAAAACAAAAUAAUGCAAGUAAAUUCCAUAUGCAAGUUGAUCAAAUUCAUGAGAAAGGAAUAUGUGGGACCGAAGUUCAAGCGGCUAAAAGACAGAAGCUUGAUGGAGGUCUUCUUCGUAAGGUUGCUGAUACAAAGCAGGAGAUGAAUUUUGUUCACAAAAUACCCAAGAAGGAUACAACUCUUGAUAGAAACUCACAACAAACCAGGACAAAGAUUACUAUCGCACAGGAGCCUGAUUUUGCUACAUCGCAGAGGGCUCACAGGACACGGCACAAGAAUGAUGCCAAGUUAGAACAGGACUUAACAACUGUAUAUAGAUUCAAAGCACGUCCAUUUAACCGAAAGAUAUUUGAUGCUCCCUCAUUGCCCAUCCGGAAAAAGAGCACUCCAAAACUACCUGAGUUCCAAGAAUUCCAUUUGAAGACUUCAGAAAGGGCUAUGCAACAUUCUUCCGCAGUGACAACAAGGUCUAAUCAGGGGAGUGAUGUGUAUAAGGGGUCAGACAAAUCUAAUAUAACUGAUGCACUUGACGGUGUUAACAGGGCAAAUAGGAGACCAAGCGCUAUGGAUAUAUCUAAGCAUGAUGUCUCGGAGGGAAAACACAUUUUUAAAGCUCGUCCUCUAAACAAGAAGAUACUUUCAAGCAAAGGAGACAUGGGCAUUUUCAAAAAUAGCAAGCGAGAAACAACAGUGCCUUUGGAGUUUAGUUUUCAUUCGGAAAAGAGAGUUCAACCAGAUUUACCAACAGACCUUUUCAGCAAGCUCUCCAUCAAAUCUGAGCUCAAGCAAAACAAUGGAUCUGGCACAAGAUUUCAUCAAGCAAAGGGCUUCAAGGAAAAUAGAGUGAACUCUUUCCAAGCAGGGAAUGAGGUAACAAACAGACUGGCAGCUGGACAACAAAUACAAUCUAGUAAUAGCGGAGUAGUAAUCAACCAAACAAACCAGCGAUGGACCGCUAGUAGGAGCUUAGGCAUUCGCUGAUGGUAUAGGAAAACAAAAGAAGCUUUUGUGGUAUCUGCAAUCAUCAUCACCAACAACUCCUUUUGUACAUUCAAAUUUGGUUCUCUUCUGUGUCUGAUCCUACUCCUCCACUGUGAAGCAGAGACCAAUUUGGCUUUUCUUCGGCAUCUCUUUUUAUAUAAAAAGGAAGGAAAGAAAAAAAGAAAAAUGUAAAUCAGAAAUACUCUGAAUCUCUUGAAUUUUAAUUCACCAACCUUUAUAGGUAAAUAUGAGACUGAUCUAAACUAAGUAUACUUUGGUUUUUGUUUUAGUCUACAUCUGAAACAAGCUUUUGUUUAUAAAGUGAAACACUACCAUCA